UAGAGAGACUGGGCACAAAAGAGUAUAUAAGCAGGAAUCAACAAUCCUCACACAGAGCAGGGAUCAACAAUCCUCUGGGACUGAAGCUCACAGAACUAGACCUAACAACCCAGAGAAAAACUCCUGUCCAACCAUGAACGGCAAACUCGUGGCUGUCCUGGCUCUUUUCCUGAUCUCAGCAGCUCUGUCUGAAGGUAAGACCCUGGCAAGGAUGGGAACUGAGCUCCGGUGCCAGUGCAUAGCCACUCAUUCCAAGUUCAUUCCCCCGAAAUCCAUUCAAGAUGUGAAGCUGACACAGAGCGGCCCCCACUGCAAGAAUGUUGAAGUCAUAGCAACUCUGAAGGAUGGCAGAGAGGUGUGCUUGGAGCCCACCGCUCCCUGGGUACAGCUGAUUGUAAAGGCAAUCUUGGCCAGGGCUCAACAAAAUUCUGACUCUCCUCUCUAAGAAACACCAGGACAGAAAAAAAUCUGGGAGCUGCUUCUGCUCCUCUGUCAAGGGAAAUAUUGGGAAAAGCAUCAUUCAAGCAGUGGACCAUCUUCCACAUCCUGCAUCAGCAUUAUGAUGUUAUUUAUGGAUGGUUUUAUUUAUUUAUCUAUUUAUUUAAUUGUGUGUAUUUAAGGAAGUCUUUCGCAAUGGUCAGUGUUGUCCAUGGGACACGCUGGCCAUGACACUGAAGGAAAAGUGGCUUGCUGGAGGAGAUUGAGAACCCUUGGCAGCCACUUUAGCCAAACACAUGCAGUGAGGUGCAAUGCACCUGCAGGACCGUUUAUUUACACUAAGCCUGAUAAUUUUGCUACUUCACCAGCAAACUGAUGAAUCCUCCUGCUCCCCUGGAGUGCACCAGUAUGUUGUGUCAACAACAGCUUCCUGAACCCUGUCAGCCUGUGGCCAGACUAUGAGCUGUAAUGUCUAACUUGAAAAACCUAACCUACAGAAUGUGUAAGACUGUAUUUGGUAUUUAUGUAUUGUGAUUUCCAUGGUAUUUAUAAAUGUAUUUAUUUGUUGAGUAGUUUCUAUGUAAGAGAGAAAACAACUAUAAUUUAUUUAAUUUCUACUGGAUUUUUCAUUCCUGCUAUUCAUUUCUGAAGAAAUAUUCACAAUCUCAUUAUUCUGUGCUUGAUUGUAUAUCUAAUUAGCUACUCCAUCAGCUAAUGGAAAAAACUGCGUUUUACAUACACAGAGUUCGAUUGUGAGAGUGUAGCUGUUCCUAUCAAUUUAUUAUUAAAAGUUUUAUAUAAAAAAUC